CAUCACUUUACUAAGAUUGACAGUUAAAAAACCCAAAUCCAUAUCUUCUUGCUAAGGUAAAGAUAACAGGAUCAAAUAGACUAUAGCCAACAUUUAGAAGAUCAGAGUAACUGGGAUUAAUUAUAGGGAAAAAGCAACACAGAAAGCAGUCCUUUCUGCUGAAAGAAAUACUGAAUGAAGUAAGCGCAUAUACAAAAACAUGCUGAUGAGCAACAGUUCGUACUGAUUUGUCAACAAGCUGUCAACAACUCUGACAUGCAUAUAUCUUGUGAACAUAGAAAUGUAGGAAAUACAAUUCUUGACUUCAAUAAGGUGUUCAUGCUGUUUCUUACAAUAUGGACCUAAAAUAGCUAGUAAGUAAUGAUUCAUAUGAUCAUUAGCAGAAACUUUGUGCAUAGAUAUAUCACUGCCAAAACAGGUAUUUAAUUAAAAAUGUCACAGAUUCCAAGUUGGUUUUGUUUUUUUUUUAAUUGUGUUUUGUUUUAUUUUGGUUUAUUUUAUGGGCUUGUCUGGUUUUAAAUCUAACAUAUUUAGUUACUUAUCAUAAGAAAAUUAUUAUAUUACUCACAACUACCCAAAUGUUAUAAUUGCCUUCAUUGGUCACAUGCAUAUAAAUACAUGUUUUGUCUUUAUUUUGUUUUUUGUGGUUUCUUUCUUCUCCACUUCUGGAGGAUCACACAAAUGAACAAGUGCAUUAUGAAAGGUUUAUGCUUUUAAACUCUCAGUUAAGAUGACAGACAUCUUCUAAACGCACUCCAAAAGGGCUGCAAAACAACUAAUUUUUUAUUUUUUAUUUUUCUGGUCUAAAAUAAACAUUACAAAGUCCAAAUUAAAAUAGAAAGCCACCUUUUAAACCAAAAGUAGUAUCUUACUGGGCAAAUCAACACUGACCUCUUAUUUUUUUGCUAUUCUAAAAUUCAGUAAAAUUAUUUUUUAAGAUUGUUUAAAUACUAUCUUGCAUUAUGAAGCUUUUCAGUUCCGAUACUAGUUUAAAAAAAGAGAUUUGACUUCAUACCUGUUUUAUUUACUGCUCAAUAUUUAAUAGUAUUUAAUAUUUAAUACUAAGUAUUAGGCUCAAAAGCUCACACAUGACAAUUAUUCACAUAUGAGUAUGGGACAAAUUCCUGAUGACACUUCAUACACAAAUCUUGCAAAAAUGUGCUAGGUUACAUGCUAGGUUAGUCUUCAGACCUUAAGUAUUCAGUUAAUUAUCUUUGUAUAAAAAGGUGAUAUUGUUUAAUUCACCUUUGUUUUUGUUUUUUUUUUUUAAAUCUAUUCACAUAGUUCCUUCUAUUCCAUACUCCCUUAUUGCUUCUUUUACUUGUAACAGUGGAAAAAAGUUUCAUGCAGACUUUGGUUUUAACCCAUUAACAGGUAGGAUUACUUAAGGGUAAUCACAAAAAGCUAAAGUUUUGACAGAACUUCUGGAAGCCACUUACCCCACCCCCUUGCUCAAGUUACAAAAGGCUGCCUUGGGUCUCAUCCAGGCAGCAGCCACUAUCCCAGCCACAAAUUUACCAAGUGCGCUUCACCCAUCAUCCAGAUCAUUAAUGAAGAUGUUAAACAGGACUGCACCCAUUAUUGAUCCUCAGGGUACCCCUGUCACUACCGGCCUCCUAGUGGGAGAUUUUGCACCAUUCCCUAAUCCUAACCUUCUCAUUUUCUUGAUCAAUUUCCUAUUAGUUUGUUUUACUUAGGAUGAUAUUUGGUUCUAUGCCCUACCAUAAAGGUUAAAAUAAGCAUGAAUACAUGAUGGCACACAGUCAUUGAAUAGAUCUUUUCUGUCACUGACAUUAAGAGAUUACCUAAAUCCACAUCUGCUUUCUAGAUGAAGCAAAAAAUAUUAUACACAAAUUCCUGCCUUUUUUUCCACAGAAUUGUAGACAGACCUCAAAUAAUGUAUUUUUUAAUUUAAAAAUGAAAUUUCACUUUCUUUCUACUUUCCUAGCAAGUGUAUCUGAUUAUUUUCUAUUUGUUUGGGAAAUGUUCAUUUUCAACAAGAAAAUGCAGAAAAUCACUUAAGUAUUAAAAAAUAUUUCUUACCUGAGUUCUUUGACUGAUUAAAGAUAACAGACAAAUUAGUUACUUCAACCUGAACACAGUAGCAGUCUAAGAUACUGUUAAAUUCCAAGUUUUUCAAGUCUUUAGUAAGUCACUUUUGAUUAAAGACUAUGAUAAGUCACACCUUCACAAAGUCCUGCUUACUUAUGUAAAUUAGCUCCUUUUCUCAAGUUGCCUUAAAUGAAUGUGAAGCUUAUUAAACACCACAAAUGGACAUCACUGUUUUGUCUGAGCUUUGCAAUGAUGAUGCUCCAAAGGAGCUACCUUGCUGUUCUAAAAAGAUUGAAAGAAAAAAAUUAUCCAUGCUAAAGAAAUGUUUAAGUAGUUCUAAACAAUAGAUGGGAUUAGAAGGCUUAUACAAAGCCUUAUCCUUAAUGUGACUCAUUUAAAAGACUGAACUCAUCACUCACUGAAGGAGUUUCCAUUCAGUCUGUAAAAUAUAUAAAGAUGGGCACAGAUGGAGAACAUGUUAAUUUACACCUGAAAAGCUUAGAGUUUGAAAACUGCUUACCUUAUAUGAAAGCAUUAAGUAAUUAAGAAUGUGUAUCUCAUCAUAUAUGUUAAUACUCUCUCUUUUUUCUCAAGGUUUUCUAAUCUCAGUUUCAAAAUCUCUGCAAAAAGCAGAUGAAGAUAUGCUGCUAACUGCAAUCAAUCUAGGAAGAACCCUUCGAAAUGGAGAUAGAACUGAAAAGAGAGGAGCAGUGCCUUUGCUGAAACGUUAUAAGAUUGAGGAAAGCUUCUUGGAUGAAGACGAUGACAGAAGAUUAAAGUUUUUUGACACUGAUUCCAGACAUGAUUUCUUAAAUCAUGGUGUACCUAUCAGUGCAGGCAGAAAGCAACUACCUUAUCUUGCACUGAAGGGAGCCAUUGCUUUUCCAGCUGACACUGAAAUUCAGAAUAUUGAAUCAAUACAGGAAAGAGAGACAGUGGAAGAAGAAAAUUCAGCUAAAUUCCCCAUAGGAAGGAGAGAUUUUGACAUGCUCAGAUGCAUGCUGGGAAGAGUCUAUCGACCCUGUUGGCAAGUCUGAAAACUACUGACUCACAGCACCUUCUUUGAAAAAGAUUAAAUAUUUUAUUGUGAGUUUAACAUGAU